AUGUUUCUGGCUCAGGUUGCAGACGCAUUGCAUGCCCAUCGUUUUGGCCUUCUCCUUCUUGUAUCCGCCUUCGCCGCCAUUCUCUACCGACAUCUCCAGCCUAGACCGUUUCCUAUCCAUAUUCCGCUCAUCCGCGAGAAGCCCGACGCUCAGCAUUUCAGCAUCUGGACCCGUAUCGCUUUUCAUUUGAACUGCUCGUCGCUUUACAGUGAAAUUUGGCACAAAUUCUCAAAGAAGGGAAAGACAGUUGCAGUACCAACGCUUGGCCUGCGCAAUGAGGUCUUCCUCCCUCACAGCUCGUUGCCAUGGGCGCUGUCCCAGCCUCUCCGUGUCCUAGGCAUGUGGGAGGCCUUCAACGAGCACUUUCAGCUGGUGCAUAGUCUCGGUGAUGAGAAAUACAUGACUGACACCUGGCCUCAUCUUCUGUCAAGACAUGCCCUCACGCACGAGAUGGAUGACCAUCUCAUGGACAUCCAUGAAGAGGUCAAGGUUGCUAUCGACACAUAUCUGGGUCAUGACACCGAGAACUGGAAGACGCUGAACCUGCUCCAAACCGUGAGAAUGAUUAUUGCACAGACGGGCACCCGCUUUACUUUGGGAAUGCCUUUUUGCCGUGAUGAAUCAUAUCUCCACACUAUCAAGAAUACUGUUGACAGUAUCGUCAUCAAUGCGGGUGCCACGGGCUUCUUCCCAGCACCCAUCCGUUCCUUUCUUGGCCCCAUUAUCUGCUGGCCUACCCACCGUAAAAUCGAUCACCUUGCAAAGAAAUUCUAUGACAUGGAAUUCAAGAGCCGUCUCGAGGAUAUCUCAAGCGACAAUCCCGACCAAAAGCUGGAUCUCGUCCAGAAGAUGUUGCGACACGCACGAAAACACCGCCCAGAAGAGCUGGCCGUCGAGCAGAUGACCCGGCGCGUGUGCAUGUCCAACCUCGCCUUUAUUUAUCUUGCAAGUUUCACCACCACCAACUUAUUUUCGAAUUUGUUAGCUUCCGACCCUCAAUACGAUACAGUAGCCGUUCUCAGAGAAGAAGCGGCCCAGUUUCUGGCUACGGAGCCUGACCCUAGGAAACUAUGGCGCCGGGAGAACACCAACAGAUUAGUCCAUGCCGACAGCCUGAUGAAGGAAACAUUGCGUCUCAACUCGGUUCCGACGAGAGCCCUGGCCCGAAAGGUGAUGGUCGAUGGAGUGGUCACAGAUGCCGGCGUUCCACUCCCUAAAGGCACAAUCAUUUCCUUCGUCGCCCAACCCAUGCACACCGAUCCGGACCAAUACGUCAACCCACUGCAUCUGGACCCUUUCCGCUUCAACCGCCUGCGCGAGGAAGAGACGUCAAAGGAGAACGACAGGCCGGCUCGCGAGGUAGGGGGAGAAGGAGAUCCCAACAGCUUCCUCUCGACAGCAAAGCUCCUGGCCUUUGGCCGUGGCAAAAACUCCUGCCCCGGUCGCUACCUGAUGGAUUACCAAAUGAAGAUGCUCCUCGCGUAUCUCGUCCUCAACUACGACGUCAAGCUGGCCGACGAGCACCAGAACCAGCGACCGCCCGGCCGAUGGAUCCUCGAGUUCAUGUUCCCGUCAGGGGAGACCAAGUUCCAAUUCAAGAGACGCAAAAAUGCCCCAAGCUGGGGGCAAGCUGGCUAA